AUGCACUCAGGAGACGUCAGUCCAACAACUCCAAAGCUUCAGCUCCAGCUUUCCAUACCCCAUCACGAUCCGGCAUACUAUAUACCCGAUGGAAACACCGUUCUGCUCGUGGAGAACACACUUUUUAGGGUCCAUAGGUCGAUACUGACAAAGGACAAGUCUACCUUUGACAGUAUGUUCUCCCUAGACUCGGACCUACGCUCAAGCUCUAGUACGAGUGUCACUGCGGGACCCGAAGGUGAAAGCGACGACAAUCCGAUCAGGCUCCAAGGAGAUACAGCACAGGAGUUCCGCGCUCUUCUGUGGGCUUUAUACGCCUUGCCACCGGAGCUCACCCUUGCGCUAACGCCUAAAGCGAAUACGUCUCAAUUGUUCAAUCUCGCCCGUAUUACGCACAAGUAUGAAUUCCGCUCGAUCGAAGCAUGGGCCCUUAGUGCCCUUACGACUAUAUACACGCGCCCAACGCACUCUCCAAGCGUUCAAGUUGACGACGUCGAGGGGCCCAGCCUUGUGCAACUUACGGAGUUGGCGUCUCUUUGUGAGCAACGGGAUCUUCUUGACGCUGCCACGCUGCGAUGGAAACGGCUCCUCGCAUCUGGGAAGGACAUCGCACUCGCUGUUGGAGUUGCAGAACGGCUUAAUUUGCGCACCCUGCUUGGUUUCGCUUAUCAUGCCAUGAUGCUUCAAGGCCGGGAAGUCUGGGAUAACGACGCGUUACUAACGCGAGCACAGCGCAUUCGCCUUCUUUCUGGGCAUUACGCCCUCGGCCGGCUAUGGGAACGUCUGCCAAGCGAGCCACCUGUUAUCUCACAUAGUCCGCGGUGCACAGGGGGUGCUCAAGCACGAUGUAAUCAAGCCUGGGCUGCACUAUGGCGCUCAACACUGGAUAUGGGCCGUCAAGUUCUGCUUAUACAAUAUGCGGAUGUGGUGGGAAAAUUGAUGCUUGCAGAGAGUGUGACGAAGGCCCUUGUGGAGCGAGAGAUACCUACGCAGGGAAUGCUAGAUGGAAUGCCAUGGUGCAAAGACAAUGUCUUGAGUGCUGUAGCUGGGAAAGUAAAGGAAGUACAAGAGAGCUUGGCCGAUUAUUUUACGGAUGUGGCAUGA